AUGAAUGCGACGGCAAAGAGCUUGUUUGUGGAGCUGUGCUGGCUCAGCAUUGCGCUUGUGACGAUUGUGCUGUCCAUCUUCACUGCGCAGCAGCUGCUUAGGCUGGAAAGCGACCUCAACGAUCUCCAUUCAGGCAAUAUGGACAAACUCCGCACCUGCCUCUUCAACAAGCCAGCCACCACCGACUGCCCAGACCCAGCCAGCAGCUCGUACGACCCGGACACAGAUCCGUGCGUCACGUACCAAAACCCAGCAGAGGACAACGACAACACGUUCCGCGCCUCCAGGUUCUUCUCCUGCGCAAACCCAGAUUUUUGCAGGACGUUCUUUGAAGCAACGGAGAACGGCACCUCCACCGGCGGCAGUGGCACCAUCGUGGCCGGGCUCUCAAAGCAGUGGAACAACGUGCUCACGUACCAGGGGAUCAGCAUCCCGUACCUCUUUGUCGGAGGCCUCAUGGGCCGUGCCGCGUCCGGUGUCAUGGCUGCGUUCCUGGAAACGUUCCAGAUGUGCCGCAUCAGGCUCAGCAAAUCCUUUCUCAAGGGCCUUCUCUAUCUCAAGAACAUCACGGGCGUGCUGAGCUGUGUCGUUUUCUUCCUCUUUUGGAUUCUGCUGGAUCGCCUCGAUCGCAAAUCUAUCAUUCAGGACGUGAUUGACGCCAGAUGCUACGACUUUGAUGGACUCAAAGUGCUAGCUGCGUAUGAUGAUGCGCUGGACGCAGCCAAAGUGGACCAGAUUGGCUUCUCUGUCAUCACCAUCUUCACGCUCAUCGGUGAGACGCUGACGUUUGACGACGACUUUGCCAAUGUCAUUGGCAGCGGCAGCAGCGACAUCACCACCAACAAGGGCUACGCGGAGCACGUCAACCCGGACAGGCUGUCCACUCGCCUCAUCACCAACGAGAACGAGGACGACGCUUUGUAA